AUAUAUUGGACAUAUAUUGGCGAGUGUGUUAUGCGUUAGUAAUAUAAAGAACACUGUUAAUGAUCCGCAUAAAUUAUCAUCACACAUAUGAUCAAGAUCAACUCUGAAAAUUUGAAGAAAAAUAGAAAAUUUAAAGAUGUAUACAUACAAAUACGCACGAAAGUUGUAGUUUUCAAAUUUGUCAACCAUAAAGGAGGUUAAAAAACUGCUUGUCAAACUUUCAAAUUCAUAGUUUUCGUAUGAUAAAAGUUUAAAAAUGUCCUUUUUACGUGGAUCGACGAAUUUUGUAUGGUGUACGACUAGCGUUCUUGGAAAAGGUGCAACUGGUGCAGUUUUCCAAGGAGUGAAUAAAAACAAUGGAGAACCCGUUGCAGUUAAAACGUUUAAUCAGUUGAGUCAUAUGCGACCGCACGAUGUACAAAUGCGAGAAUUUGAGGUUCUCAAAAAAGUAAAUCAUGAAAAUAUUGUUCAAUUGUUAGCAAUCGAGGAGGAGCAAGAUGGUCGUGGCACAGUAAUUGUUAUGGAGCUUUGUACCGGAGGCAGUCUGUUCAAUAUUUUAGAUGAUCCAGAGAAUACUUAUGGGUUAGCAGAGACUGAAUUUUUAUUAGUCUUGGAACAUUUGACUGCUGGAAUGAAACAUUUACGUGAUAAUAAUUUAGUACAUAGGGACUUAAAGCCAGGUAAUAUAAUGAAAUUCAUUGCCGACGAUGGUAGUACAAUUUAUAAACUUACUGAUUUUGGUGCUGCCAGAGAACUACAAGAAGACCAACAGUUUGUAUCUUUAUAUGGUACAGAAGAAUAUUUACAUCCAGAUAUAUAUGAACGUGCAGUUUUACGUAAACCUGUUGGCAAAACAUUUGGAGCAACUGUAGACUUAUGGUCUAUAGGCGUGACAUUGUACCAUGUGGCUACAGGAAAUCUACCAUUUAGACCAUUUGGUGGUCGAAGGAAUAAAGAAACAAUGUUUUAUAUUAUUACAAAAAAAGCAUCUGGCGUUAUAUCAGGUGUGCAAACCUCUGAAAGUGGACCUAUUGAAUGGAAUAGGGAAUUGCCACAAAAUUGUCAACUAAGUAUUGGUUUAAAAAAGAUUGUAACUCCAUUAUUAGCUGGUUUAUUAGAAGUUGAUCCUCCAAAAAUAUGGAGUUUUGAACGAUUUUUUGCAGAAGUAACUGAUACUCUUUGCAGAAAACGUAUACAUAUAUUUAACAUACACAAAGGCAAUCUUAUAAAAGUUUUCUUACAUCCUGACGAAAAAUUGACAGCACUUCAAAUACAUAUACAAGAUCAAACUGACAUUGCACCUCAUGCUCAGAUAAUUCUUUUUGGAGACACAUUUUUAACAAACAUUAUUGAAGAAUCUACUCCUGGACAAGGUUAUCCAAAUACAUCUGAAAGCAAACCAUUAAUGUUAUUUUCUAAAGAAAAUAAUAAUGUUGACUUGCCUGUGGAUUCAGAAUUACCUAAAUUUCCAGUAUUUGCAAACUUAGUGUCUGUUGAAAAUGAUGCUAGUCAAGCAAAAGUAGCUUGUUCUGUUGGCUAUGUUUGCAAACGAAGAAUUGACAAAUUAGCAUUAUGUAGCAAAUUGUCACAGGAUGCGAUUGAAGCUUUUAGUGGACUUAUCUCUACAGAGCUUACAAGAUUAUUAGAAAAAUGUCAACAUUCCAAAGAGUUCACAAAAGCUAUAGAAGAUACAGCUGUAGCAAUAGAAAGAAGUGAAAAUCUUGCUUGGCAAGUUUCUAGAAAAUUUGGAAAUCAAAAUACUUUGGAAAUAAAGAAUUGGAAAAAAGAAUUAGAUUUAAAAAGUAAAAAGCUUUUGGCUGAAUUAGCACCUGCAGUGGUGCAGCUUCAUCGGAGGUACGUGAAAGAAGGUACUCUGCGUGGUGAAUGGGACAAUAUCAUUCGUGGAUUAUGGUGCCCGUGGAUCAAUAAAGCAAGCCAAAAGGCAGCAACUUUAGUUGACCGUUUACGAGAUGGAUGGCAACAUUUAUUAAGGGACAGAGCUACUCGUGGUCUAACAUACAACGAUGAACAAUUUCAUGUUUUAGAACGAAUAAAGGUUACAUCAACGGGUCAAAGACUAAAAAAUCUUCUUGAAACAUUUUGUAUACCUUCUAUGAUAAGCCGAUCUGAAUGUGUUGCCGAUUGGUAUAAAAUGGCACAAACUGUUUUUCUACAAAUUCAAAUUUUAGACAAAGAUGUAGAUAAUUAUGAACACAUAUUAGAAACAUAUUCUUAUCGUUUGUCCCACGAAAGUAAGGAACGUUACGAACAUUUCUUACAUUUAAUAGACAGAUUUCCUGAAAAACUAAAAUCUAUUGAAAAAACUAAUUUACCUGCCCAAGAAAGUACAAAAAAAUGGAAGAACAUUUGCGUCAUGCAAGAACGAAUUGCAAUGAUUCUUCAUACGAAUGAUUUACUUAUAGAUCAACUUGAUCAUUUAUCAAUACUUGACACUCUAGAGAAUAUAGAUGAUUCUUAAUUUUUAUCUUUUUGAUAAGAAAAAGACUGAUAGUAUACGUGUAUAUAAUAAAUAUAAGAAAGGAAGAAUAUAAAAUUUCUUUUAUGGACUACAUUUUAAUAAUGUUUUUGAUUAAAAUCACAGUUUUAUUGAUUUUGAUCAAAUAAAAAGAUAUAUGCAAAAAAAAAUUCGACGUAUGAAAAGUACAUUUUUUCUUUUUUUUUCCUUUUUU